AUGACUACUUCCACCAAAAAGUCUUUGUCGGUGGUCAACUCUUUGGCUAAAAUAUUCGACCCUAAUGCUUUACAAAGCCAGAACUCUUUUACAGAAGAAGAAGCAGCCCAUUCCUCAGACAACAAUGUUAGCUCUCCUGAAUACGUGAGCUUGGGUCAGAAAAUAGACAAGAUAUUAACUGUGCAAGAUCGUGUUCUACAGAAGUUGGACUGUUUCUCUCAAGAAAUCUUCUGUGUGGAAAAGGAGAUUGAGGAGUUGAAGGGGAAAAGAAGAGGCUCUGGACCAUCCUUUAUAACAUCCGAAAACCCAAGCAGUUUCGACAUGAAGAUGUUGUGCAUGGAAAUUAACAACAAACUGGAAGAUAUGACCAAGAAUGCUGAGCAACAAGCGACUAAGUUAGAUGGGCUAGAACAGGUAGUCCUGGGAAUACAGCAACUUAUUUGUUCUUUGGUAGAGAAACUGAAGACUUCUAAACUCAGCAGUCUAAUACAUAGAAAUGAAGUUCCUAGUAAGCUCCUUAGAGUAGGUGGCUACUUGAGAAAAGAUAAAUCAAGCAAUCUUUUCAGGAUGCAGACAUUUUCAGACAAAAAGGACACUUUUUCCAGCAAACGAAAUGAAAAGGAGAAGUCACAUUUAACUACGAAGGGAUCAAAAUCAAUGAAAAAGAAGAAACCACCUGAUUCCUCAGAGGAAUCUGAUGAAAAGAUUCGCACAGAAAAGGUUCAUCAACUCAACAAGGAGAAUACAACCACCGUUUGUGGUCAAAGAAGUUCCUCUCUAUCUCAUAAUCAUGGAUCAACGCAGAAUGCAGGUGAAAUCAAUAGCAACAGUUGGAAAAGCACUCUUCAGAAGACAACAGAAAAAAGCCAGGGAAAAGCAAAUGCAACGGGUGAUGCUAGUAAAAAAAUGAGUAGCUGUGAUAUUAAGAGGGACUCACUCAGAUUUGUAAUGAAGCAAACGGAGCCUGAAGAAAAUCAAAAGAAAGCAGAAGAGGAGGCUGAAGGAAGAGAUUCUAACAGUGCUGAUGAGAGGAAAGUACCGGAAACCACAUCCUAUAGUGAAGAUACAGCAGAUCUUGAGGUCCCAUCAAAAGCCCAGGGUCAAUGUGUCAAGCAUAAAGAGAGUGAAAAGUCGUCAUCGUCGUCUCUGAAAGAUGAUCAGAAUGCCAGCAGUAAGCGCCGAGUGAUCGAUGAAGGGCUUACGAAAGAUGACAAUAAAAAGAGCAGGGUAGACCCAGCCGAUGGAAGUGGCGAACACAGUUCCGAAGAUUUGGCUAAGCUGCAUGACACAGAGCCAGCCACAUUAGAAAAUGUGGAAGAAUCUGAUACAGCAGCUGAUGAGAGUGAAAAUAACCAGGAGCCUUCCAUAGGAGGCGUUCAUGUUCUAAUUGAUGAUUACCCACCUCCUCCAGCCCCUUUUGAUCAUCGAAUCGUCUCAGCCAAAAGGGCAGGGAUCAGCAGCUUUUAUCAUGUGGACAAAGGAGACCUUUUGGGAGGUGGACGAUUUGGACAAGUGCAUAAAUGUGAAGAAAAAUCAACAGGUCUCACAUUAGCUGCCAAAAUUAUAAAAGUCAGAGGUAUGAAGGAAAAGGAUGAAGUAAAGAAUGAAAUCAAUGUUAUGAACCAGUUGAACCAUGUGAACCUCAUUCAGUUGUAUGAUGCGUUUGAAUCCAGAAAUGACAUUGUUCUCGUCAUGGAGUAUGUGGAGGGAGGAGAACUGUUUGAUCGAAUAAUUGAUGACACCUACAACUUGUCAGAAAUGGAUACCAUCUUGUUCAUAAAGCAGAUUUGUGAGGGGAUUCAGUACAUGCAUCAGAUGUAUAUUCUUCAUUUAGAUCUGAAGCCUGAAAAUAUCCUCUGUGUGAAUCGAGAGGCUAAUAAAAUAAAAAUUAUUGACUUUGGGCUGGCAAGGAGAUAUAAGCCAAGGGAGAAGCUUAAGGUCAACUUUGGCACCCCAGAAUUCCUCGCUCCUGAAGUGGUAAACUAUGACUUUGUCUCCUUUCCGACUGACAUGUGGAGCGUAGGCGUGAUUGCCUACAUGUUGCUCAGUGGAUUAUCUCCUUUUCUGGGGGACGACGAUAACGAGACACUGAACAACAUCUUGGCUUGUAGAUUUGACUUCGAAGAUGAAGAAUUUCAAAAGGUGUCAGAGGAAGCCAAAGACUUCAUCACUAAGCUUCUCAUCAAGGAAAAAGGCUGGAGGAUAAGCGCAACAGCAGCCUUAAAACAUCCUUGGCUAUGUGACCAAAGCCUCCAUUGCAAACUCCUAGCUAAGAAGAAAGCUAAAGGUGCCUCUGGAUCUCAAGAACCUGUGACCCCAUAACCUCUCUGAAAAAUCAGAGAAAAGACGUCGUGCGGUGGCUGCUGCUGUGGUGUUUGGGAAUGAAAAACCAGCAGCUCUGGUUCUUUGACCACCCUCUGCAUGGUGACUUGGGGGUUUUGCAUAAUGGACCAACACCUCUUUGGCUGCAGGACUCCGUUCUGGCAGUAUCGGGCUGCUU